AUGCUCAAGAAAUAUAAUAUUUUCUGCUGCGGUGGACGGCAGCUGCUGACUCCACCGUACCACUCAUCGCCACACAUCUCUCAAGCUCGUUGCUUGCCACCACCACAUCCCUCCUACAGAUCCUAUGCUACAGUUCAUGGCUUCUCCGAGCCAGACUUAUUGUGGCCGUCUUCCUCCUCGUUUACUCCCUACGACUUGUUCAAGCAAGACCGGAAGGCCCCGUACUCGAAGAGUCGGUUUUACGAACUAGUCAAGAUCUACCAUCCUGAUCGACCGUGUCACGGCCACCCAUUAUGUAGGGACAUCCCGCCCGAGGUGAGACUGCAGCGGUACCAUUUGGUGGUGGCCGCUCAUGAAAUCUUGUCCGACCCGGCAAGACGAGCUGCUUACGACCGCUCUGGCACAGGAUGGAGCCUUCACCCUAACUACAGUCAUGGCCCGACUCCCUCCUGGGCCAGAUCAGAUUCCAGUGAUUAUGGUCCCAUCAACGCUAAUGCCACCUGGGAGGAUUGGGAGCGCUGGUAUAACCGCCAUGAGGGGAAGCAGAGGCACAUGGUGGACAACCGCACCUUCACUACCUUUAUCAUUCUACUUACGCUCCUCGGGGGCGCUGUGCAAGCCUCCUGGAUCAGUCGGUUCAGUACUAGCUACGAAACCCGACUUCGGGAGGUCAGCAAUGAGUCGACACAGUUCUUGAUGGGACGGCGGGAGAAUACAGUCAAUCAAAUGGCCUCAUCCGAGGCGAAAGUCCAGCACUUCCUCAUCCGGCGGGAUCCAUCGGGGUUUGGGUUGAAGGAGGAAGAACAGCCGGUAUAUCAGACCCUGUUGCAUCCUCGAAGUGCCUCCAACCUAGAGAAGGGGUCUGAGGCCGAGGCUGUGGACAAAGGUGAAAAUCCCAAACAGCAGGGAACGACUACAUAA